AUGGAAUCCGGCAUUAGAGACAUUGUGAAUGGAAAUGAGUGUCACCCUGCCGUUCUGAAAGCAUUCUCCAAUCAGUCUCCAGAAUCUGAAAGGUGUGAAAGCGUGGAACUAAAUAUUGCAAUCAGGAAACAAAUCCAGGAGAACAGCAUGUCACAGAUGGAAAAGGAUUCAAUUUCAAAACAGCCAGAUCCUUAUCAUAGUAGUUUAUGUUCCUUAAAGUAUGCACAUGGUCUACUGGAUGAUAUUUUUUCCUUAAGGCCACUUCUGUGCUGUUUGAAGACAUUUUUAUUUCAUUUUCCCCAAGAAUAUGAGAGGGGUAACCCUGAUUUUCCAUUAGUAAAACCUAAGUAUUAUACGAAAACGAGGAAACAGGACAACAUGUCUAUUAAGGAAUAUGAACAAAGAAUACGUGUGUUAGAAAACCAGAAAGAAGAGCUGCUGGACGUUAAUAAACAGUGGGACCAACAGUUUAGAAGAAUGAGGCAGAUUUAUGAAAAAAAGGUUGCAGAACUGAAAAUGAAACUAUCGUCAUGUCAGCACAAUGCCAAAAAAGAUCAGGAUUUACCUUAUAUGGAAACUGCAGAUAAAGAUUUGAGGAAAAAGUGCUGUCUCUACACGAGAUCUAAUGAUCUGCUCAACACUGAACUGCGAGAGACAAAAGAGGAAAAUCAGCUAUUAAGAAAACAAAAUGCUCUGUAUAACAGAAGCAGAGAGCACUAUGAACAGGAAAUAACGCGUCUCAAUAGGGCUCUCUCAGAUGCUGUGAAUAAAGACAAUUUCCAGGCUACACAACAAGGUGUGAAUGCGUCUGUAAGCAGCAGUGAAUAUGGGGACAUGAGGACACAGAUUGAAGUACUCAAGCAGCAGAUCCAGAUAUAUGAAGAAGACUUUCAAAAAGAAAGAGCUGACAGACAAAGAAUCAGUGAGGAGAAAGAGGGAUUAUUGAAAAUGAAUGAGAAGCUGAAAAAACAGAUUGUGAACUAUAAUCCUAAGUGUCAAUCGAAACCAUGCCUGUGACGGACAUUGGCAUGAAUGUUGGGAAUGUCUACUCCCAACAUUUGGAUGUGCUGCUACCUACAGAAACGCACCACUUGCAUCCAAUUGUGAACAUCUGACAGAUGCAUUUGACUUUCGACUGCAGAUUCUGUAAGCAAAGAUGGCCAUACGUGGGAACUUCCGGGGUUCAACCUAGGGUCUCCAGAUGAAGCUCUGCAUUCCUGGGUCUCCGAGUCAGUUUCCUCUUUCUCUGGGUGGGGUGUGGUGUUUGACCAUGCCUACUCCACACCCACUUCUCCUCCUACUCCACACCCACUUUAGGCCAUCUGGGGCUGUCCCUAGGUACAACUAGCCCUCACUCCACACAUGGCUAGCGUUAUCCACAUGAAACCAUUCCCCUAGAAGAGAGAGAUUUUGGUAAUAUA